CAGUCAUGCGCCGGGGCAUCCACACACCUAGCUAGACACAUAAAUAUACAACAUCUUGCGCUCAGUUGGUAACGACGACGACACUCAACGAGAGCGACUCGCGGUUGUGCCUUUUCGUUUUGCAGCUUUCGGAGCGCAUACGAUACGCAUCUGAUUCUGGAGAGAUCCUGGCCCCGAGUGUCGUCAUUCUGGAAUCAUACAGAAUCCACCCGACCUUUCCUUACUUUGCGUCCCUGCGAAGGGCCUCUCUCCAUCAUGGUUCUCGAAAUCCCUCGACGGCGCUUUCUUCGCGCAAUCAAUAGCAAAUUUAUCUAUGGUAGAGUGCCUGUCGUACAUACAGUCAUUCUCCUUAUCGAGAUGGCCAUUGUUGGGAGGCUGGUUGCCAAAUUCAACAGCUACUAUGCUGGGAGACCGGUAAUCACGAUGAUGAUCACAAAUGCGGUUCUGGGAGGAAUAGCGGACACAGUGGCACAGAGUAUUACGUCGAUCAGGUUAUCGGCUUUGCGGAAACCUGGUGGGAUUUCGAAGGAUGAUACUACUGCGAUUGAGAUACACGAAUUGGACAGGAAGAAUCCCUUCUGCCGACAGGAGCUUAUUCCAGACUCGAAAUUGCUGCCUCCGCCAUUUGACUUUGAAAGGUUGACACGUUUCAUGGGAUAUGGGUUUUUGAUGGCUCCGAUUCAGUUCAAAUGGUUCCAGUUCUUGUCGAGAGCUUUCCCUAUCACCAAAUCAAGCGGCCUCGGGCCAGCACUUAAGAUGGUGGCUUUCGAUCAACUGAUUUUUGCACCUGUUGGUAUUGCCGUAUUUUUCACUGCUAUGACUAUUGCAGAGGGAGGUGGACGACGAGCUAUCAGCCACAAGCUCCGUGAUAUGUAUGUGCCAACUCUGAAGGCAAACUUUAUGGUCUGGCCUUUGGUCCAGAUCAUUAACUUCCGCCUCAUGCCCAUUCAAUUCCAACUUCCUUUCGUCUCGACAGUUGGUAUUGCAUGGACAGCAUACCUUUCUCUUUCCAAUGCUGCGGAGGACGCUUUGGAGGCUCAAUCUGCUCCUCCGUCGCCCAAUAUCCGCUUGACAUGAAACUUGUUUUACUAGUUGGGCAUAGAACGAACUACAAGGGAUGGUAACAUGACAUUUGGCAGGCGUUAUAGACGUGGAUCGAGGACAACCCAUACAAACGUUAUGAGAGCUUGGGCGUGUCUUCACUCAGUAACAUAAGACUGAGGGUGCGGUUGGCGUUCGGUUGUAAUGGCAGGCGUUCGGGGUCGUGAUUGCAAGACACUCCGGUUUUGUGACGAUUUGAGGGUUAUUUUUUUCCCGGUAGUACUCAGAUAGAUAUCACUUGAAUCUGUAUAACAGCGAGCAUGCAAACAAAUGGUCG